AUGAGUGGACAAACGCCGGCAUCGUCUUACAAGGAACCUGAAAGCGAUGACGAAAACCAUCAUCCUGCUGCCAACAAUACACCGGUAGCCACUGCACCUGUGAAAUCUAGUUAUGUGCUAGUGUCUAUCUUGUGUGUUUUUGCUGCCAUGGGUGGUUUUAUUUUCGGUUAUGACACAGGUACUAUUUCGGGCUAUGUUAAUAUGCCUGUCUUCAUUAAAAAAUUAGGCAAUACAAAUGAUGCUGGCGAGCAUUACUUGUCAAAGAGUCGAUCUGGUCUCAUCAUUGGUAUAUUCUCAAUCGGUGCUUGUAUAGGUGGAAUUUUCUUUUCUCGUCUAGGUGAUAUGUAUGGCAGAAAAGCUGGUAUCUGGGCUGGAACUGCAAUCUAUAUUAUUGGAUCGUUGAUUCAGGUUACUACCGUUGAUGCUUGGUAUCAAUUCUUCAUCGGUCGUUUGAUCGGUGGUAUGGGGGUUGGAACCAUGUCUGUUUUGGUUCCCAUGUUCCAGUCAGAAGUUUCUCCCAGUGAAAUCCGUGGUACUCUGGUUUCAUCCUAUCAGUUGAUGAUCACCCUAGGUAUCUUUAUUGGUUAUGUUGUAUGUUACUGUACAAACACUAGAGAUGGUGCUCUUUCAUACAAGAUUCCUCUUUCCUUGGGCUUUGCAUGGUCAGUGGUUCUAAUUGUUGGUCUCGUAUUUUUGCCUGAAUCACCUCGUUACCUCAUGACUAAAGACAAGAAUGAGGAGGCUCUCAAAGUUUUAUGUUGGAUUAACGGACGUGAUGCUCAAGAUCCUUUAAUCGUUGAAACGAUUGCUAAUGUUUCGGCGGCCAUUGAGCACGAGAGAAGAGCCGGAAAGGCUAGAUGGUCAGAAGUUAUUACUGGCAAACCUCGUGUGGGCUACAGACUCAUGGUUGGUAUUGUUGUUCUCGCCCUGCAACAAUUGGUUGGUGCUAAUUAUUUCUUCUAUUUUGGUACUACUAUCUUCAAGGGUAUUGGUAUGAACAACUCGUUCAAGGCGUCGAUUAUCUUUGGUGCAGUUAACUUCGGUUCUACUUUCUUUGGUCUCUACUUUGUAGAAAAAUUUGGCAGACGUAAUGUUUUGCUAUACGGUGCUGCUGGUAUGUUUGUCUUCUUUAUCAUCUAUGCUUGUAUGGGUGCUAGGGCUCUGUAUCCUAAUGGUGAGGACCAGCCUGGAAAUGCAAAAGUAGGAAAGGCUAUGAUUUUUGUUACUAGUGGUUAUAUCUUCUGUUUUGCCACUACAUGGGCUCCCUGUGCCUUUGUACUUGUCAGUGAGUUGUUCCCAAUCAGAACCAGAUCAAAGGGUAUGUCUCUGGGCCUUGGUGCCAAUUGGAUUGCUAAUUUCUUGAUAUCAUUCUUUACCUCUUUCAUCACUAAUGCUAUUCACUUUUACUAUGGAUUUGUGUUUGCCGGUUGUAAUUUGUUUGCUGUGUUCUUCGUUUACUUCUUUGUUCAUGAGACCAAGGGUUUGAGUUUGGAACAGAUUGAUCAACUCUUCCGUUCAAAUGUUAAACCAUGGAAUUCUGGAAGCUGGGUUCCUCCUUCUAUUGUUGAUCCAGAUAAUUACGAUCACCCCAAGGAGGAGCAACAUCCGAAAACUACUCACGAUGAACACAUCGUUUAG